AUGGAGCAUCAAGAGCAUCAAGAUCAUCAGAUACAGUUUCUACCAAAAGAUCCCUUUGAAAUAGACUACGAAGCACUACCAGAAGAUGCUACAUUAGCUGCACAUCUAGGAGCCGGCGCCUUGGCUGGUAUCAUGGAACACACAGUGAUGUUUCCCAUAGAUUCAAUAAAGACAAGAAUGCAAUUGAACUUAUCGGGUAUGGAGCUAUCUAAAGGAUUAUUGACUUCGAUAUCAAAGAUCAGUUCGACGGAAGGGUUUUAUGCAUUGUGGAGGGGAGUUUCUUCAGUAAUAUUGGGAGCUGGUCCAGCUCAUGCCAUUUACUUUUCAGUUUUCGAAUCAACAAAAACUUUUCUUUGUAAUAGACUAACCAAUUCACCACAUUCAAACAAGUUAGUUACAGACGAAAACCGGCCUGUUAUAGCAAGCUGUGCUGGGGUCGCUGCUACUACUGCCUCUGAUGCACUUAUGACUCCCUUUGACAUGUUAAAACAAAGAAUGCAAGCAAAUGCUGCAUAUUCGGAAAAUAAGAUUAAUUCAGUAAGAUUAUUGAAAUUAGCAGCCGAAAUUUAUAGAAGAGAAGGUCUCGCGGCAUUUUACAUCUCAUAUCCAACUACAUUGCUCACACAGAUACCUUUUGCUGCAUUGAAUUUUGGAUUUUAUGAAUAUAGCUCUUUGAUACUCAACCCGUCGCAUUCAUAUAGUCCUUAUUUGCAUUGUGUUAGUGGUGGUAUUGCAGGAGGAGUAGCAGCAGCAUUAACAACACCGUUGGACUGUGUAAAGACAGUUUUACAAACAAGAGGGAUGUCAAAGAAUGCAGUUUUACGAGAGGUAACUGGGUUCAAAAGUGCUACUGAGGCUUUAUAUAAGCUAGGUGGCAUAAAAGGUUUCUGGAGAGGCCUUAAACCAAGAGUGAUAUUCAAUGUUCCAAGUACAGCAAUAUCGUGGACAGCAUACGAAAUGUGUAAAGAGUUGUUGAUUAGAGAUAGAACGGCGAAGUAG